AUGUUUGCUACUACUAUUCUCCUUCAUCUACUUAUUUUCUCCAUAAUUCCUUCUUCUCAUGGUCAAACAUGUCCUGAUAAUCAAAGUGUCUGUGGCUGGGCUGGUUGCUAUAAUCCAAUAAACCAAAGUUGUUACGAUAGUAGUGUGUUGAAUUGUCCUCAUAAUUGUCAUGGUUUGUGCUAUAAUAAUACAGAUUCUUAUUGUUUUAAUGAUACAUUCAUUUGUAAAUUAACACAACAACCAUGUACAAUCUCCGACUAUCCAUAUCUUACUUGUUAUGAUCCAUCGUAUCAAGUGUGUUUAAAUCAAACGAUGUGUAAUACCUCAACCUUGUGUGGUAACCCUGGACAGUGUGUACCAGGGGGUGAUGCAUGUGUAGACAAUACGACUAUAUGUCCCACUUCCAUCGACUCGGGUGAAUGGCAAAAUCCUGCUUCAGUAAAACUGUGCAAUGGAACAUGUUAUCGAAUUAGCGUGCAAAAAUGUAUCAAUGAAAGUACAAUUGAAUGUGUAGCGAACUGUGGAAAUCAGUGUUAUAAUGAAACGAAGCGUCAGUGUUUUAAUAAUGCAACUCUUUGUGAUUUAACAGACAGUAUUUGUGGUCUCACAUGUUAUGAUCCUAAAUAUCAAGUAUGUCUCAAUAAUAAUACUCCUUGUUACAAAGACGAUGUGUGCGGCACAAAUCCUCCACAAUGUUUAGAUUUUUACAAGGGAGAUGUUUGUGUUAAUAAUGAAACCAUAUGUUCUGGAUAUUCACGUUACGCUUAUCAACUUAAUCAGACAAGUCCCGUUCAACUAUGUAAUGGAAUUUGUUAUGAUUCUUCUAUUUUAAAUUGUACAACAAAUGGAACAAUUCAAUGUGCUAAUCCUACUUUCACUAAUCAACAGCGAUAUUGGACCAAUGUGAAGUUGAACGUAACUCCACAAACAUGGAGUCACAUCUCGGUCAAUGUUCAGCGUAAAGGUGGAGGAGGAGGCAAAGUUAUCGUGUGGAUCAACGGGCAAGAAUAUAGUCUUGUAGCGAAAAAAAAGAAUACAGGCUUUGCAAAGGGAGAUUUUUUUGAAGUAGAACUUACUUCAUUUAAAAAAGCUCCUGAUGAGCAUGGUGCUGUUGCUGAUCUUCGUUUAUUUCCCUUCUGGCUUCAUAAAGUAGAAGUUCGUUUCAUCUACGACCAACAAUGCACAUCUGAUCAAAUCAAAAUUGGAACCUACUGGAUGAAUCACUAAGGCCCACUUUAUGUAUUUAUAAUGUCGUUUUCUUUGUUGUGAGUAUUUGUGUACGAUUAGCUCAGAUCCGUCAAGAAGAAAAAAAGAAAGAAAAGUCAUUAUCAAUGAACUUUGAGUUCUUUCUGAAGCAGUGCACGCAUAUGAGUAGCGUGAUUCCCAUCCAAAAAACCUAACGUUGUCUUUUAAAGAUUGGUGGAUUGAAAAUUCAAUACAUUGGAAAGAGAAUAGAUUUAUUUUUCGUUUAUAAAAAGUUAUAUUAAAAAAAAUUUGAGUGAAGAAAGUCAGAGAUAAGUUGAUAUGGUUUCAAAGGAUAGAGAACCUAUGUUGAUCAACAAUGGUGACGUGCAUUCCUAAUUAGCAAAUCAAAGUCCAUUGAAGAAUAUUCUCAUUUUUGGUUAUACUGGUAAUAAAAUUAGUUUGAAAAUAUUUCCCUAACUGAGUUUCAAACUGUUAGGUAGCUAUUUGUUGUAGCUCCAGUACUGAUGUGUAGGGAGUUAUGCACGAAAUUAGCCAUUUUCAAGGAAGAAAAUCGUUAAGUAUCGUGGAUGAUGUUCGUUUUUCGAACUAAAAAGAAACGCUCCUAGUCUCACUGACAUACUUCAAGUGUGUCUUGUUCUGCAUUUACCAACUAGUCCUAUUCCACAGUGGGCAACUAAGCGGACAUUAGGCCAAAAAGUCGAUUUUAUCUAUCUUGAAAUACAAAUAGUGCAAAAUGUAGCUCUUGAAAUUCUCUAUCGAAUGGUGUAUAAACGUCUAUUGUGAAACUG